AUGUUCUCAGAGAAGAAACUUCUGUUGGAACUGUUCCAGUCCCUUCUGAUGUCCCGUGACGCUGACCUGACAAGGAUUCACGUAAGAGAACUGUAUGCCUGGGGAGAGACACAUGGAAUUUUUUAUACUGCUGGAAAUGCACUUUAUAUUGGCCCGUGGAGAACCCUGGGGAAAAGCCUUUUUUCAUCCAUCCUUGACGGAGACUUAAAAGCAGGCACCCUCUUAAAAGCAUGGGCGAAAGUUUUCUUGCUUCUAAAAGAGGCUGGAGAAGACUUUGAAGCAGAUUCUGGGCUUUCGGAAGAAACCAGGACUGGUUCCCCUGCGAGCUCCGUCGCUUCUGACGAUGAAUGCUCUGACGCAGGGUUGGAGCCAAUGCAGGAGACCCCAACUCCCAUGUUGGGGGUUGGGCACGCCCAGAGGGGUUUUUGGAAGGGCUGCCAGGUUUUUUUCCGGUCCCCUUCCCGCGCCAUUGAGCGCGGGGGGAGCCAGGGACGGAGGGGCGGAGCGCUCGGCAUCGGGCCCCACACCGAGCACGGGGGACUGCUGCCCGCGGCCGCCGUGCCGCCGCUCCGCCCGGCCCCGCCCCGCCCCGCCCCCUCCCGUGCCACACGGGCUCCAGUGGAGGAGCCCUGCAGAGGCGGCCCCCGCGCCGCCUCGGCCCCCCCCCGCUGCCGCCGCGGGGGCGGGUUGUGUGCCGCUGCCGCCGCAGGCGCAGCGCCGCCGCCCGCCACCGCAGUGCGUCCUGCCUCCCUGCGCCCCGCCCCGCGCGUCCGGUGCCAGUCCGGCGCCGCGGGGAGGGGGCUGGGCACAAUGCCACCCGCCGCCUCCGCGGGGUCCGCCGCGCCACCGCCCGUCGCUGCCACAGCGCCGCCCCCUACCGCCGCGGCCCGGCCCCUCCCCGCGCGGUCCGUGGAAAGCGGGCUGUCGGCUGCCGUCGCCCCCCCGCAGUCCCCGCCGCCGAUUUGUUCGGGGCCUGGAUCUGUGCCGCCCUCCGCGUGGGCGCUGGGUGCAGAGGCACCCCUCCCCCUCGGCACUGAAGUGGAGACUGAGGGGCCCCCUGCGCCUGUGCCGUUGGUGGCUGUGCCCGCAGGGAGCGACCCUGUAAGGGCAAUCCCCCCCCGCCCAGCUCUGCGCGGGCUCAGUCGGAGCAGCCCAGCGGGGGCGGGUCCUCACCGCCCCGUCCCUGCCCCCCACCGGCUGUCGCGCGCGGGUUCUGCCCCACCGCCGGCCGCCGCCCCGGCCCAGCCCGCCCUGCACGGAGCCGCAUGUGCUGCGGCGCCGCCCCCUGCGCCGUGCAGCCCCCCGGCGCCGCAGCCCGGCACGGCCAUGCGCUCCCCACGGACGGAGGGGGCGGGGCUGACCACUGAACCCGCGAAGGGCGGGCUGCCGGCCCGACCCUCUCCUGCCUGCCCUGUCCCCACGCCACACCGGAGGCUCCGAGUGGAGGGUGCGGGGCUGCCGCUGCCGCCGCCGGCCCGGGCGGUCUCCGCCGCGGCCGCGCCGCUGCCCGGCGCCGCCGCACGUCCCCCCCGUUCAGAGGGGGGGCGGCUGAGUGCUGGGGCCGCAGAGCUGCCGCCGGCUUGCGUGGCCCCGCCCACCGACCCGUCCGCCAAACUAGCAGGAGCCAAGAGCUGUGGCCGAUCAGCCACGCCCCCCUGCCCAACACCCCCCCGCUCAGAGCGGAGGCGGAGUGAGUCGCUGUCCCCCGCCCACCCUCCCAACAGGGUUAAGCCGGCUGUGGGGGAUGAAAAAGAGGCUGAAGCGUUGUCAGAUAUGCACACUCGCCCUGCCAUGGAUUGCAAUGUAGGCUCUGGUCCUGCAUCGCAGCCAAAUCAGGCUGCUGAGCUAACAGAGCUGCUGCCUGAAGAUGCAGCAGUGCCCGAGCUGGUCCAGAGAGCUGUGGACGUGGUUCCACAGCCUCAUAGCCACGGUGCCCCAUCAUGGGCAGUCCCGUUUCCCUUCCGAAGGGACGUGGCAAAAAAUAAUACAAGCUUCACUGAGGCAAUUCAAUGGAUCAGUGCAGAAUUUGAGAAUCUUAUAUUUCCUUAUGAAAUAAGAGGCUUGGCAGUAGUGAUGUUUGAACCUAAACAGGUUUCUACCUUUGAGGCAAGUUGAACACUUCUAGCUGCAGAAAUGGCUGUCAAAAAUAGCCACUUGCCUCGAUACGAUCCCUUUUUUGGGGUCGGAGCCGAUCUACUUACCGGGAGGAGCGAAUAUGCUUAUCCUGAUGUGCAGAUUGGCCUUCCUCGCACUGUCCUGGAUCUGUGCAGAUACAUAGGGAUAUCUGCAUUGAUAAAAACCAUGUUAUCCUUCUCCCCAAAGCAAGACUUCUCAGAUAUAGCACAGAAGCCAGGCGAAGCUUUUCGUAAAUUUAUAGUGCGUCUGAUGCAUUUUUUAGAGAUGAGAGUCAAGGAUAGCACUUUGAGAGUGAUACUGCUAGAGCAAUUAGCAAGGAGCCACUCUAAUUCUGCUUGCCAGAGGCUCCUGGAAAACAUUCCUGAGACUUCUAAUGUCCUGGAAAUGGUCCAGACCUGUGCGGUUCUGAACACCUGUGAUUCUAUGGAGUCUAGCCCAACGGCUGCUCCACAGCCGGCUGAUAAGGGGCUGAAUAAUGAACAUAAGACACAGGCAAAUAUUCAGGCCAGUGGAGAACAGGAAAAGGAGGCACAGAAAAGUGAGUUCCCAUGGGGAGUUUAAUGCUGUGUCUCCUUUUAAUAAAUCAAAUAAAGGGAUUAAGUCUCGAUUUGUGAUACCUAACAGAGGUCUGAUCCAGUUGAUAGUUCCUAUGAGUUGCUGCAUCUCAUUAAGAGUUUUUGGAUUGCAAAGUAGCUGGAGUCUUUGUGGUGUAAUGGUCUGUUCUGUAAUUCUGUAACCUAAAUACUUCCAUGGAGGGAGUUGUAUUUUUUCUUGGACUAUAGUAAAUCCUGCUUUCUGCACUGCCGAAAUUACAUGAUCUGAUGUUUCUUUCAUAGAUGCUUCUUCUUCAGCUGCUAUCAAAAUGUCAUCCAUGUAGUGCAGUAUGAGGGAAUGUGGAUGUUGUGCACAAGCUGGAGAGAGUAUUUUUGCAACAAACCGUUGACAUAUGCUGGGAGAGUUGCGCAUUCCUUGCGGCAAGACCUCCCAAUGAUAUCUCUUUAAUGGAGCUUGUUGAUUGAUAGAUGGAACGGAGAAAGCAAACGGUUGUGCGUCAUCAGGAUGCAAACGAAUACUAAAAAAACAGUCUUUUAAAUCAAUAACAGUUAAAGUCCAGUCCUUAGGGAUCAUAACAGGUGAUGGUAAACCUGGUUGCAACAACCCCAUUUCAACAAUAAUUUCGUUAAUCUUUCGAAGAUCGUGUAACAACCUCCAUUUUUCACUGUUUGGCUUUCUGAUUACAAAAACGGGGGUGUUCCAUGGGCUAGUAGUUGGGACUAGGUGUCCUUUUUCUAAUUGUUCUUGUACUAACUGUUCUAGAACUGCAAGUUUGUUUGCUGGCAAAGGCCAUUGGUUUUCCCAGAUAGGUGUGUCAGAAGUCCAUGUUAGUUUUAAAGUGUCUUUUUCAUCUACAGCCCAUUUUAGAAAUUUGUCUCUAUCCUCAGACCCCAUUGUGACAGGAUGUCUCUUCCGCACAGCACUAUAUCUGCUCUUACAAUGAAUGGUUUGGUGGUUGCAAUGCGACCCUCGGGGCCCUCAAAUGUCACUGGGUGCAAGCUGCGAAAGCUGUCACAGUGACCUCCAAUACCUGCCAGCUGAUCCAGCGUAGGUACAAUGGCCCAGUCUUGCGGCCAGAGGUCUCUUGAAAUCAGCGAAACAUCUGCACCCGUGUCGAUCAGACCUGUGAGGGUGAUGGUCUUCCCGAGGUGCUUGAGGGUGCAGCUGAGAUAUGGCCGCCCGCAGCUGAUCUCUCUUGUCCAAGCGAUGAGGGAUGUGUUGUUGAGGGAUUCUGGGGGCAUUGUGGCUGGUAACUUGGAUAUGAGUUGCUGCAGCUGUGGAUCUGGGGGGUCUGAGGUGUUUUCUGGCAUGCUGUACAGGGUUUCUUGUGUCUGAGCGCUCCACUGUCUUGCGCUCCUCUGCCCGUUUCCCGAACUCUGCCAUUUGAAAUCCUGUGCUGGAAGAGAACUGUUAGCAUUUUGCAAAUGAUUCUUACAAUUACAGUGUUUUAAGGGUGGCUUCCUCUGAAGCUGUGGGCAACUGUUUCUGAAGUGUCCUUUUCUCCCACAAAAGUGGCAAACCCCUUUUUGACUCUGCUGAUUAUCUACAACUCCUUUAAAUGCAGCAAGGGCUUCUGCUAGAGUCUGUGCUUGAAGCUCUGCAACCUUUUCUUGUUGUUUUAGGUUUUUUUCUUGUGCUGUGGUGAUAGAAUUGGCUAGAACUUCAGCUUGCAGUGCUGCUGCAUGUUGAGGGGUAUUUAAGCGGUUACAUGCUUCAACUAGCUGGGCUAUUGUUGGCUCCGGGUCUUGGGGAAGAGCACGUAGUAUUUUUUUGCAGCUUGCAUUUGCAUUAGAAAUUGCUAAGCAUUUUAAUAGUUCUUCUGUUGCCCGCUCUAAAGCUACUUGUUUUUCCAGAGCUAAUUUCAAACGAUCUAGGAACUUGAUAUAGGGUUCAUCAGGACCUUGCUUUACUUCAGAAAAAUCUAAGUCAGGCUUAUUGCCAUCAGGUACCUGUAACAAUGCUGUCUUGGCCAUUUCUUUGAUAUCAUUUAGAACUGGCCUUAUGAGGGUUUGCACUUGUCUUUGUGGAUCUACAUUCACUCCUUCCCAUACAAGCUGCUCAAGUGUUAAGGCUGCAGUGGCUGGAUUUGUGGCAUAGUCUCUUAAAAGCUGAUUUAAAGCACGCUUCCAUGCCAAUUCCCAUAAAGAAUAUUCAGUAGGAGACAGGAGAGAUGUCAUUAUUUGUUUUAGAUCAUGAGGUGUUAGUACAUUGGCAGCAAAGGUGGCUUGCAAUAGACCUCUAAAAAAGGUAGUCUCUUCCAUAUAACUUUGCAGUUUUGCAAAGUUCUUUUAUUUCAGAGAAACUUAUUUGUUCCCACUGGGGAUUUAACCCUGGUCUAUUAUAUCGGACUGGGAAGACUUUGAGUUUUGAAAGGAUUUCCCACUCCCCGUCUCGUGCUGCUUCCUUCCUUAUCUUGUGCCAAGGAUCUAUGCUGACUGAUGAAUCCUCCGAAUCAUCAGAGAAGCUGCAGGACGUGUGGGAAACCUUCUGAUUUUUCAUCAGAGUUUGUUUACAUUCCUCCAGCAUGGGCGCCGCCAUCUUGGGGGGGGCGAGUUCCGGGAUGUCACAUCCGGUUUUCACGCUCCUCACAGCCAGGGCGUGUCUGCCCAGGCUGUGGGUGGCAACCCGGGGCGGUGCCUGAGGCUUGGGACUGCCCAUGGAGGGGGAGCUUCCCGUGCUGGAGUGGGAGGAGUUGAGUGACACAUCAGACUGGGCAUGCCGCAGGGUCGGGCUGUACCGAGCCCGCCCACGUGGAGCUUCAGCCUCUGCCUCAGAAAUAUGGAGAGUGCCACGUGUCUCUUUGUUCUCUGAGCCCGCGUUUUCAGGGCUUUGUUCAAAACUCGCGCACUCAAAAUUAACUGACAGGGAUCGCCCGUAUCUAGUACCAGGAGACUGAGGGGGUGGGGGAGCCAUUCAGAAUGGAACUCUAGCCUGCGUGGCCAGUGCUGGCAGGGGUCCCACUCCGGGGGACUGAGGAGGGUGCGGGGGGGGGGGGGGCUCUGAGCCCUCCCGUGCCUGCUUCUCGGGAGUAAAUCAAACCGCUUUUUUCUGGGACUUGGGGGGUCAGAACUUGGAUUUUUAUCUUCACGUCUAAGGUGAGCAGGAGCCUUUUUGCAUUUUACUUUCUGGGGUCCUUUUUUAUGGUCGCUUUUAGAAGCGUUUUGCCAGGUUUCUCUCUCUGCAGUUUCAGGUGCUUUUGCACUGCUGAGCCUUUCACCGUCUUCUGUUACAAAGUCUAACACAGUUUUAAAGAUGGGUCUUAAUUUUAAAGCAGAUUUUUUUCUUUGAAUUAUACAACUUCAAUCCUAUUUUGUCCCAAAAUUCUACUGCUAUUGUUUCAGCUGUAUUAGUGUCCGGAAAAUUUUUAUAGACCCAUUUCACAAGUUUUUUAAGCUCUUUCCUCUCAAACUUAUAGUAUGGAAUAGUCAGUUUAUAAUUAAAAUAACAAAAGGUGUCUCGCUGUUCUACGGAUUGCUGGGUCCCCAUUUCACUCACCAGAAUGGCUCUUGUGAUCACCCAGCGCUCUUGGUUUGUCUCUGACUCUCUGAGGUCACUCGGUGAUUAGCUGUUCUGUCUCCAGCUCUGCUAGACUGCAGCUUCUCUCUUCUGAAGAGUAAUCCACCUCGUACCAGAAUCGGUGUCCCGGCAAAGACCCCUUCUCACCGGUAUAGGGGUUCAGUCAAAAGGCUCCCUCUCAGCCUUUUUGACCCAAAAAUGUGGUUUUAUUUUCACGACCAAAAAAACCACCACGUGCUCGCUUCUAAAAAAAUGAAAACCAAGAGCAAAACGGCCUAGCUGAUGUGAGGGCUCUGUCAUCAAAACUCCGACUAGGUAUCUUAAUAUAAGGUCCCAGUUCGGGCACCAUGUAUUGAGAUUUCUCUCAAUACCUCCAAGGGUCCAGCCAGUGGAGAAAUGGCUUAAUAAAAUAGCGAGACAGCUUCUCAGGAUAUGCUUUGUAAAAUAAAGGUUUUAAUAACAGCAAAAAUAAUAAACAUUACAAAAUGAAAAGAGAUAAGCUGAGCACAGUGUACCAAGCACAGUUACACUGGCUAAGGCAUUCCCAAAAAGCCUCGUGCACCCCUUGUGCAGACCCUUUAAUACUCGAUGGUCUAGGUGGGCUUAUUUGGCUCUUUGCCCAAUGAGAUGGACACUAGGCUUUGAGGUGCACUUCCAAAGCCCUAUCACUGUGUCUGUGCUGGUACUGAGCCAAUUGCAACGAGCAGGCUAUAGAAAAUUCUAGUUUAACUUCCUUAUAUACAAACACCUGCUCGGGUACAGAAAUGCACGACUACAGUAUGGCAUUAGGAUUGCUUUAUUGGUCUAUUAUAUGCUAACCUCCGAGGCAAUGAACAUCAUUCAGAAUAUAGACUCGAUUUUGUUUUCUCUUCCUAGUCUAGGAUGCUAUGUCUGGAGCUUCAGUAAGCCCCUGUGGGAAGGGGUAAAGAAUAUUUUUUUCCAGCCUUUCAGGCCUGACACAGCAGUUUUCAAAAAUAUUGAUUUCUCUCUGGAUGCCAAGGUCAACAUAAUGUUGUUGUUAGUUCUGCUUUGUCUUCUCUGCACGGCCUGCACCAUGCUUAGAAGCAAAACACUACAUGGUGUGAUGCAGCGUCUUCUUGAGGAAGAGGGAAAAAGAAGCAAAGCGACAGCGUCCAUGUUCACACAGACUGUCACAGAGGAGAAAGAAACCAAAAGCAAAGCAACAGCAUCUGCAUCUACACAGGCUGUCACAGAGGAGGAAGGAACUAAAAGUAAAGCAACAGUGUCUGUGUCUAUGCAGUCUGUCACAGAAGAGAAAGGAGCCAAAAGCAAAACUUCAGCAUCCACGUCUGCACAGGCUGUCACAGAGGAGGAAGGAACCAAAGGCGCAAUCAGCAUCUCUACACAAAUUGUCACCGAACUGGAACAGCCUAAACUGGUAACAGUUGCCCCUGUUCAGAAGAAGAAAUCAAAGAGCAAAUCAGUCCACAUAGUGACUGACGAGGAUGCGGCAGAACCUUCACACCCAGCAGAAGAGACAGAGCCAGAGAUCAUCACUCGCUCUCUGUCCCUGGGUGAGCUGCGUGACCUGCAGAGGGAAUUCACCCGCCAGACAAACGAGUCCAUCCUGACCUGGCUGCUCCGCAUCUGGGACGCUGCAGCCAAUGACACCAUUCUGGAUGGAAGUGAGGCCAGGCAACUGGGAUUGCUGUCCCGGGAUGUGGUCAUUGACCAGGGCAUUGGGAGAACCCAAGGAACUUUCAGCCUCUGGCGGCAGCUGCUAACAAGUGUGAAGGACAGAUACCUUUGUAAAGAAGACCUCCAGGUGCACCAAGGAAAAUGGAGCACAAUGGAACCAGGCAUCCAGUGCCUGAGGGAAUUGGCUGUACUGGAGAUCAUUUUCUCAGAAGACGAGAGAUUUCCUAAAAGCCCAGAUGAUGUCCAGUGCACAUCGCAGAUGUGGUUGACAUUAGCACAGCUUGGACCAGAGAAGUAUUCCCAUUACCUGGUAACACUGCAAUGGAGGGAAGGCGAGGACAGGGUGGGCGUCUUGGUCAAUAAACUAAGAAUUUACGAGGACAUUGUCACCGCCCCUUUUCGUACUCAUGUCUCAUCCAUAGAAAUAAGGCUGGCUGAGCAAUUCCAGAGCUUGAUUGAAGAAGGCCAUCAGAAACUGAGGAAAGAACUCAAAGAAGAAAUUUACCACAUCUCGCCUGGACAAACAAGACUCUCUGCCAUUAGAAGCAGGCGUUCCCCAGCCAGGGAGAGAGGCUACACUCCACGAGGUAACCUCUGGUUGUUUCUUCGGGAGCAUGGAGAAGACAUGAGUAAAUGGGAUGGAAAGCCCACCUCCUCCUUAGCAUCCCGGGUACGUGAACUGAAAAGAGGGACACUGUGAGCCUGACAUUGGUCUGAACUUAGGCUUCAGGCUCUGCCAGUGUCUGUGUGAAAGGCAGAUGAGCAACUUUCUCAUGUUAGCCUGGAAAUCUAAAGGAGGAAUUCAAACAAACCUUGGGAAGUGAGAAACCAUCCGCAGGUAGUGUUUUUCCAGCAUGUUUACUGGAAAGAAAUGUUUACAAAAGGGUGUAGACGCUGAAUAACCAAUCAUGUUCUUUGUACCGAACUACUCUAUAAAAGUAGAAUUUAGAAGAAUAAAGUUUGCUCUCAUCUUUACCAUCAUGGAGAGUCAUGUUGUUAUUUCUGUGCCAUCCGAAAACCAUAACAACAUCUGGUGGGACCCCGACGUUUCGAGGAAGUUCAGCGCAGCUGGGACUGAUUCAUGCAGCAAAGCUUGAAAAUUGCUACCUGCCUCCUCAGAGAGGUAAGCAAAAUAUCUCCACGCUUUUUCUAAAGAAGGCUGGUCUUACUAACCAUGGAAAAAGAUCAUUCCUGCCAAAAGACAGCAGGUCGGACGGCACCCAGCACAGCUGGACUUCAAUUUCUAGAACAGACAGUCAGGCAGAGGUUCCAGAAAAACCUGGGGAACCCCUCUUCUGAGAGAGGACAGCUUGUGCCUUUCCUGACAAGAGCAGCUGGAAUUCUUAGCUGCCAACAGCUUCUCUCACUCCCCCGACCUCUUUCGCGUCUAUCUGGCCGAGAUCAAAGUGAGUAUCUGUAAGCCUCUCCCGGCCGACAGAGACGGCGCUUCCUUGGCUUUUCCUUCUCCUUUUUUCAUACCACGGAUGGCUACGCAGCGGUUCCUGCUUUAUCAGCCACUGUGGACAGGACUGGGAUCAAAAACCUUUGAUCCCUCUGUAUCCUUCUGUGUGUUUAGGGCAAAAGGUUCACUUGAUGAGUGUUUUAUGCUACCUGUGCUUGUUUUUAUGAUUGCCUGGGUGAGUUUUGGGCUUGUCUUUCUCUGUUUCUCUAUGUUUUAACUUUGUUCUUCCCCCUCUGAGGGGGUGGGGGGUGCAGUGAGAGAGAGGCAUGGCAGCACAGAUGCGAUCUCCCUGCCUUCUCUCUCUCUCCUUUGAUAAUAAAUCCUCCUUUUUAACUCCUCCGAGGGUCUAAGCUAGCUCAGGCCUUCUCAGGCUCUGGAGGAAUAUAUCAUAGACAGGAAAAAGGACUCAAAAGAGACUCUAACCCUUAGCUGCAGUAAGAUGUUUAUUCCAGGUGGUCUCCAGAGGGAAAGAGAGCGUACACAGAGGAAGAGGGUCUUUUCUCAGCUCUUGUCAGGGAGGGGCAAAUUGGAACACAGCCAAUGGGGUCAGAAAGGGAGGGAAGAGUCAAACUACAUGGUACAAGCUCUAGGGGUCCCUGAGGGGGGAGAAACCAUUCCCACAGGGGAAUGUAACACUCCUUCUCUCCCUCUCUCGCUUUUCCGUACUCGGUUUCCCCCCCUCCCCGCAGGCGUGCGGGUCGGGGGGGGCACGCAGGUCCCUUCCCCCCCCCGGUGCCGCUAAGACGGGCAGCUUGGAGUGGCUUUGCGGCUUUGUUCCCCCCUUCCCCCCAGGGCGGUGAGGGGGGGCCACCAGCUCUCCCCUUGAGACAGGCGGCGGCAGGGUGGCGGCGGGCUGAGCCCCGCCGAGCCUCGCUCUGUUGUCCCCUCCCCGUUCCCCCCCCCCGGCGGAGGCUUUCUCCCGCCGUGUGCAGUGGCGAUGAGAGCAGGGGCAGUGGCCCCGCCGGCACGCACUUCACCGCUGUUUUCAUUUCCUUCCCGCGUGAAUUUGCGCAGCAAGUCGUCAUAGGAACGGAGGAGCGGUCUCCUUCCUCCUUUUCCCCCUCACCAUGAGCGGCAGAGUUCGCUUCCCCACUCCAUCCCUGCGCGCCGAGUGGCGACUGCGAAUAGGGCGUGAGACGGCACUUGCCGUUCCUCUAGACAGCUCAUAAUGCUGUAGGAGUUGCUUCGCUUGAAAUUUAAGGUAUAGGGGUAUUUUUUGCAGAGAAAUGGGGGCCACGUUUGUUUGGAUUUCCCCCAGCUCUGCGGAGCGGCCCUGGGGCCUUUGAGCCCCCAAAGCCCCACUCAGGGAGGGCCAAAUAGCUUCGCCGCCUCUGAGGUGAGCAGAAGCUUUUCCUUUUAGAGGGACAGUUGAUUUUUGUUUGGGUUUUUUCCCUCCCCCCCUCCCUCAAAACAUUUCUUCUCAAGGCGUCUCUGUGAACAGAAUUGGAGCUUUAAAUGCCUGUUCAUAAUAGAAGAAAAAUGACAAGAAAUACAAAAAAUAAAUAAGCAACUUCUGUUGCCUUUUGUAGAUAAUACAAGUAUUAUUAAUAAUUCUAUAGUAUAACCAUCAGUUAUGAGUUUUAAGUGUUAUCUCAGUUCAAAAGAUAUUUGUUGAUGAUAUAUUGACUAUAUAAUGUGAAUUCACUGAUAUGAUAAAGUUAUCACAGUUCUACAGCUGGCUGCUGCUGCUGCUGCUUCUUCUUCUCAUGUACUUUGCUAUUUGUCUAUAAUUGCCUGUAAGACACGUGUCACCCAAGAAUUUUUCCUUGUUUUCUAGCUGUCCAUGCUAGUUUUGCAUUCAUGAUUUUCUAAAUUUUUUCAGAUUUCCAGAUAAGGUUAUCUGAGUUUGUAAGAAUGCCUCCUCUGUCCUGACAGUUUGGGAUGCAGUUCCAAUCCUGGUCACAGACCGUCUCAGGAGCCUGCUGAGCUCAGAGCAUCUCUACCCUGACAAAUUUAGGAGGUGUCAAUUAUUAUACUAGUCUUUAUCAUAAGAUUUUUUAGAAGCUUGUUUUUAAAAUUGGUGUAAGGGAUUCCUCUGCAGUUAGAGCUGGUCACUGGCCAUGCCUUGGCUCUCUCUGGAUGGGAAUUGCCUGUUUGCCCAGAUGUUUUAGCAAAAAAUUACAUAUGAGUUAUUUGACUCGACAAUUUGAGCUUUAAAUAUAAUAGCUGAAUUGAUCUUUGAGGUGAACCUGGAAUUCCUGCCUGGGAAGGAUGAACAGGUUGUCACUGGAAAGGAAGCACUUCAGCUUUUGCAGUUCCUGGGCUGAUCAAAAUUAUCAUCACAAAGAUAACUUGCAACAAUGUAACAUUCUUGUUAUGAACCUGAAGAAAAAGUAAUUAUGAAACCUGGAUGUUGAAUUUAGACAAUGGAGUCUGACAAGUUCUCAGUUUAGGGCAGUGGAGCCUGACAAGUUUGUUAACUUAAGGAGAAGAUGUUCCUGUGUUUUAUCAUUAGCAGGUUCAGCAGUCGUGUUACCCAUCACCUUUGAGGAGUGAAAAGGGACACUGCAUAGCCUUUCUGGCUGUCACAUAGACUGCAAAGAUGACCAUGUGGUUGGAAGGUGACAUCCUACAGGUAUCAUGGGCCAAUUGAGUGAACGAUGGUCCAAUCCUGCACAUCCUGCAAUGGGUCUUUGUCCUUUCAAACAUGGCAUGCAUUUUUGCAUUUAAAAAGAAAAAGGGUCAACCAAGUUGUCCAAAUAAUUGGGAAAAUAAACCAGUUUGCUCAUGCAGGUGUGAUGCAAGGACCACCGUCCUUUGCUAAAAGGCAGGAAAAGCCCUUUUUAUCUGAAAGGAUGAUUCCUAGAGUGAUGGAUCUUGACAAAUUAGACUGCCAUUUUUGAGCAGGCUAAUGAUGUUUUGGGUUUUUUCUGUAUUAUCAUUAGUAAAUAGCUAAGCUUGACACUGGUGCAUGGACAUGGUUGUGAAGGGUCAACACCAAAUGCCACAGAACUUCCCUGACUAUUUAAGUCGGUGCCCAAUGGAAGUUCUAUUUAGUGAUUGUUUGAUUACUAAAGGGACUUCUGGUGUCAUGUUUGUCUUUUUUUCUCUUGCAAGAGCCCUGCAGGAGAGGACACAGACACAGACGCCUCCCUCAGCAAAAACUAAGAGGGGGAGAUGUGGGCCUGACAUUGGUCUGAACUUAGGCUUCAGGCUCUGCUAGUGUCUGUGUGAAAGGCAGAUGAGCAACUUUCUCAUGUUAGCCUGAGAAAUCUAAAGGAGGAAUUCAAACAAACCUUGGGAAGUGAGAAACCAUCCACAGGUGGUGUUUUCCCAACAUGUUUACUGGAAAGAAAUGUUUGCUAAAGGGUGUAGACGCUGAAUAACCAAUCAUGUUCUUUGUACCGAACUACUCUAUAAAAGUAGAAUUUAGAAGAAUAAAGUUUGCUCUCAUCUUUACCAUCAUGGAGAGUCCUGUUGUUAUUUCUGUGCCGUCCAAAAACCAUAACAACAGGACACCUACCACGAGAAGCUCGUCUAGAGUCAAUGCUGCUCCAGUCUCUCAUGCACAGAACUCCAGACAGUAUAGGAAUGAUGAUGUGACUGAUCCUCUUGAAGGGACCUCAGGAACAUAUUCACAAGAAGAGAGCAACGUGCACCAUGACCAGGAACAGGGGAGCCCUGCCUCUAGCCAGGUAGAGGAAAGGGACAAUCGGAUCUAUUGGACUGUGUGGAUCUGAUGGCCUGGCACAUCUGACCCACAAAAAUAUAUGGCUUUGGUUGACACUGGCGCACAAUGUACUCUGAUGUCAUCAAGGUAUGUAGGAACAGAAUCCAUUUCUAUUUCUGGGGUGACAGGAGGAUCCCAGGAGCUGAAUGUAUUGGAGGCAGAAGUGAGUUUAACUGGGAAUGGGUGGCAAAACCACCCCACUGCGACUGGCCCAAAGGCCCCAUGCAUCCUCGGCAUAGACUAUCUUAAAAAUGGAUAUUUCAAAGACCCAAAGGGAUAUCCUUGGGCUUUUGGAAUAGCUGCUGUAGAGAGAGAAGACAUCAGACAACUGAAUACCUUGCCUGGUCUUUCAGACGACCCCUCUGCUGUGGGACUGCUGAGAGUUGAAGAACAACAGGUACCAAUCGCCACAGCAACUGUACAUGGUCGGCAAUACUGCACCGACAGAGACUCUGUGAUCCCUGUCCAUGAGAUGAUUCGUAAACUGGAGAGCCAAGGGGUGGUCAGCAAGUCUCGUUCUCCUUUCAAGAGCCCUAUAUGGCCAGUGCGUAAGUCCAAUGGAGAAUGGAGGCUGUCAGUAGAUUACCAUGGUCUGAAUGAAGUCACACCACCACUGAGCGCUGCCGUGCCGGACAUGCUGGAGUUUCAGUACGAGCUGGAAUCCAAGGCAGCAAAGUGGUAUGCGACCAUGGAUAUUGCCAAUGCCUUCUUCUCCAUUCCUUUGGCAGCAGAAUGCAGGCCCCAGUUUGCCUUCACCUGGAGAGGCGUGCAGUACACCUGGAACCAACUGCCCCAGGGGUGGAAGCACAGUCCCACCAUCUGCCAUGGACUGAUCCAGGCUGCACUGGAAAAAAGUGAAGUUCCCGAACGUCUACAGUACAUCGAUGACAUCAUUGUAUGGGUGAAGACAGCAAGCGAAGCUUUCGAGAGAGGAGAGAAAAUUAUCCAGAUUCUGCUGAGAGCUGGUUUUGCCAUUAAGCGAAGUAAGGUUAAGAGACCGGCUCAAGAAAUUCAGUUUCUGGGAGUCAAGUGGCAAGAUGGACGUCGCCAGAUCCCCACAGAAUCAAUAAGAUCACUAUGUCCCCCCCUACCAACAAGAAGGAAACACAAGCUUUCCUAGGUGCCAUAGGCUUUUGGAGAAUGCACAUUCCUGAGUUACAGCCAGAUUGUGAGCCCUCUCUACCUGGUUACCCGCAAGAAGAACGAUUUCCACUGGGGCCCUGAACAGCAACAAGCCUUUGUCCAGAUCAAGCAGGAGAUUGCUCAUGCAGUAGCCCUUGGCCCAGUCAGGACAGGACCAGAGGUGAAGAACGUGCUCUACUCUGCAGCUGGGAACCAUGGCCUGUCCUGGAGCCUUUGGCAGAAGGUGCCUGGGGAGACUCAGGGUCGACCACUGGGAUUCUGGAGCUGAAGUUACAGAGGGUCCGAAGCCAACUACACUCCCACAGAGAAGGAAAUCUUGGCUGCCUAUGAAGGAGUUCAAGCAGCCUCAGAAGUAAUUGGCACUGAAACGCAGCUACUUCUGACACCCCAACUACCAGUGCUGGGGUGGAUGUUCAAAGGAAAGGUUCCUUCCAAGCAUCAUGCCACCGACACAACAUGGAGCAAAUUGAUUGCCCUCAUUACACAGUGCACCCAUAUUGGAAACCCGAAUCACCCUGGGUUUCUGGAAAUUUUAACAAACUGGCCUGAAGAUGAGACUUUUGGAUUAUCUUCUGAAGAAGAGGAGCAAGUGACACGUGUUGAGGAAGCCCCACCAUAUAAUGAGCUACCGGAGACUGAAAGACGAUAUGCCCUCUUCACUGAUGGUUCCUAUCGAAUUGUAGGCACUAACCGGGAAUGGAAAGCUGCAGUAUGGAGCCCCACACGAUGAGUUGCACAAGCUAUCAAGGGACAAGGUGGAUCAAGUCAGGUUGCAGAGAUUAAAGCUGUCCAGCUGGCUUUGGAUAUUGCCGAAUGAGAAAAGUGGCCGAGGCUCUAUCUCUACACCAACUCCUGGAUGGUAGCUAAUGCCCUGUGGGGAUGGCUGAAUGGCUGGAAAAAGGUCAACUGGCAGCGCAGAGGGAAACCCCUAUGGGCUGCUGAGAUUUGGCAGGACAUCGCCGCCUGGGUAGAGAAACUGACAGUGAAGGUUCGACACAUGGAUGCACACAUACCCAAGAGUCGGGCUAAUGAAGAGCAUCACAACAAUGAGCAGGUGGACAAAGCAGCCAAGGUGAAAAUAUCACAGGUGGAUCUAGACUGGCAGCACAAGGGAGAAUUAUUCCUAGCUCGUUGGGCCCAUGAUGCUUCUGGUAAUCAGGGAAGAGAUGAAACAUACCGAUGGGCCCGUGACUGAGGGGUGGACCUUACUAUGGACAACAUCUCCCAGGUCAUCCACAACUGUGAAACAUGCUCUGCAAUCAAACAGGCCAAGCAGGUGAAGCCUCUGUAGUACAGUGGAUGAGAGCUGAAGUACAGGUAUGGGGAGGCCUGGCAAAUUGACUACAUCACCCUUCCCCAAACCCGCCAAGGCAAGCGCUACAUACUGACCAUGGUGGAAGCCAGCACUGGAUGGCUGGAAACCUACCCUGUGCCUCAUGCUACUGCCCAGAACACCAUCCUGGGCCUGGAAAAGCAAGUCCUAUGGAGACAUGGAACCCCUGAGAGAAUCGAGUCAGACAAUGAGACCCAUUUCAAGAACAGCCUUAUAAAUUCCUAGUCCAGAGAACAUGGCAUUGAAUGGACAUAUCACAUCUCUUAUCAUGCACCAGCUGCUGGGAAAGUUGAACAGUGCAAUGGACUACUUAAGAGUACUGUGAAGGCACUUGGCAGGAGAAGCUUCAAAACUUGGGAAGUGAAUUUAGCAAAGGCCACCUGGAUGGUCAACACCCGAGGCUCCAUCAAUCGAGCUGGUCCUGCCCAGUCUGAGUCCUUGCACAAGGUGGAUGGAGAUAAAGUCCCGGUGGUACACAUGAAAGGUAUUUUAGGAAAGACUGUUUGGAUUAAUCCCAACCUCAGACAAAGGCAAACCCAUCUGUGGGAUUGCUUUUGCUCGAGGACCUGGUUGCACUUGGUGGGUAAUGUAGAAAGAUGGAGAAACCUGUUGCAUUCCACAGGGAAGCCUAAUCUUAAGUGAGAAUUUGGUGUAAAGGUUCAUUGUGUAUAGUAGAGUUUAUUGAUUUAAGUAUGCUACAGAUGGUAAUAGAAUAAGGGGUGGAUAAUGUCUUCGGUUACUGCGAGGUUGCUAGCUUGCUCCAUGGAACGGGACCUCUACAAGCUGUUGAGUCCAGCUGAUGCCCAGAGAGACAGCUGCUGCAAUUACUUGCAGAGAUCCCUCUCUUGGCUCAGUAGCUGAGAUCUGUUACACCUGAGCCACGUGUUGGUCCAAGUCUUGACUUGUUCCAAACUGAGAACAGAUGCAGUAGAUGCAGACUCCCAGGAACCCAGGAAAAGGAGACCGCUUUCCUUGGUGUUUACUUGCCGAGAAACUGGAUGAGACAAAAAGAACAGGAGCCGGACGGCAGGGGGAUUUCCUUAGUCCAAAGUUUAUUUGAGCCCCAGCAUGGGCUCUGGACCAGUCCAACAGACCCCAGCCGACCCAGACAAUGGGGCCUGCAGUUCCUUUUAUUCAGAGGAGGAGUGGGAGCAAGGGGCAAGGAACUCACCAACGAGAGGGCAGGGGAGGAGACAAUUCAGGUAGAAGGACAUUCAGGUGAGCCAGUGUUCUUCUGGGGGGGAACCUUUUUUGUCUUUCUCCUAUCACUCAACGCCCCUCUCUGGAAUUCCCCCCAGGGGGUAAAACUCCUUUCGUUGAUGGGCAUGUCUCUGGGGAGGGGUGUAGAAGGUUCUGGGGGUCUGGGAAAAGGGAGGACUGACCCAAACUGCAAGGGGGGGGGUGUGGAGCCCAGGGAAAAACCAUUAACAGGAAUGAAAUCUCACAUCAUAAAACCCACCGCAACAUCUCCCUUUUUUUUUUUUUUGUUUUGUUUUGUUUUGUUUUGUUUUGUUUUGUUUUGUUUUGUUUUGUUUUGUUUUGUUUUGUUUUGUUUUGUUUUGUUUUGUUUUGUUUUGUUUUGUUUUGUUUAAAAAGAAGAGGACUGGGUUUGGGUUGCUUAAUGCUCACCAAACCAAGGUUGGUAAGUUGGUCCUUCUUCAUCGGGAAGUCCGGUGAUUUCCACUGGGGCUUCUAGGUCAUCUGUUGGAACACUGAGGGUUUCUAGAUGGUAAACCUCAGGAGGGGGAGAUGAGCUUGAGAUUAAUUUAAAAACCAUUUGCUUGAUUAGCCCAAAAACAAUGCUAACAACUACAAUAACAAUAACUAAAUCAAACAAUACUAAAAACACAGUUUUCAGCAUAGAUCCCACUCAGCCCGAUAGUCCCCAGCCUUUGAACAGUCCGCUCAGCCAGUCUUCUGUUUCCAAUCGGCCUAAUGCUCCCAUGUUUUUUGCUGCCGAGAUCCACGGCAGGAGGACUGUAAUUGCAGUGGCCUUAAAUCUGGACCAGUGAACAGUUUCUGAAUUACAGUCUGGGUCUAAUUGUAUUAAGUCUCUUUUUUGGAUGGCAAAUUUAUUUGUAUUUUUUUCUUCUGCCAAUGCAUUAAAUUUGUUCACUUUGGGGUAAACAGGCUCAAUUUGCCAAAAGUGCAUGGACCUCCAAGCAGACGAGGGGGGAGACUGGCCCAUGCUCUGUCUCCACAUACGAAAAACAAACCUUUUGGGAGCUCACGGGGCUUAUAAUCUUCACCUGACGAGUGCAUGACUAGGAUCGAAUUCUCACACCAGUUUUUGUCCGUGUAGUGUGGGUUGCUAGGGUGAGGAUAGGUGUUCAGUUCAGCUUCAUAUGGUGGCAUGCGGGGAUUAAAUUUAAAGUGAAUGAAAAGGUUGCAUUCACAGAGCCCAAGAGAUGGAAUUCUUGUGGCUCUCUUUUUGGCACCAGUAACUGUCUUGUCCACUUCUGCCAGAACAGUAGAGGAUUGUCAGCAGGGUAGCAACCAGGAGGAGGUGCGAGUGAGUUAACUUUAUUCAAGGCAUGCCACAUUUCGUCUGGGAACUCUGCGGAUUUAAAAGGAAUUCUUACUAGGCACAUUGACAGAGGCCAAUGCUGUGGAGAGACAGAUGUGGUCUUGUCCAAGGGCCUUGGUCAAGGUGGUCCAUACAUUUGCUUUGGGCUGAGGGACUAUCCGCAGGCUCGCUGAUGGAAUGGUCACGAGCAGGAUGAGGAACAGACUCGGUCUCAUGAUGUCUUGAGACUGCACACGGACAGUGGGAUCUAAACCGGUAAAAGAAAACUUAAAACAGAGAGAAUAUUACAAACAAUUCCAGAUGUGAGGGAUCAGUGGAAUUUCUUCCAGGGAACUCGCACGGCGUUUCCUCCUCCAAGCAGCAUUAGUGACUUGGGGCACUUCUGUAGACUCCCCUGGGACCUUGGGGACAUAGAGAUUUACCCAUUUAGACAGAACCCACUUUAAACCAGAGGGGGUAGACACACAGGCAUAUCCACAUCCCCAUGUGACUUAUUUGUAAGGCCCCACCGUCUUCCAAGUCUCAGGGUCUUUUACUAGGACUGGAGGCUUUUCUUUCAGAGACAUCUAACUGUUCUCCCCAAAGUGGCAUAUGAUUGGCGGAUUCAGGUUGUCAAAAGAACAGUUCAGAAAAUUAAUUGUGAAAAGUGCUCUGGACAACCGAAUGUGGGGCUGUUCUACUUUCAGGACCUGAUGUUGCUGGUCCAGGACUCUUGAUAUCAUGGUGAGUCCUUUCCACCACAGCUUGACCUGUAGGGGAGUAGGGGUUGCCUUUUUUGUGCUCUACUCCCUAUUGUUGCAGGAAACUCCUGGAUUCCUUGGAUUUGUAAGUGGGCCCGUUAUCAGUUUUCAAACCCUUGGAGAUGCCGAUGAAAGAGAAAGCUUGUAGGAGGUGUUUUAAGGCAUCAAGCGAUGAUUCCCCUGUGUGGGCAGAGGUAUACACUGCUCCAGAAAAGGUAUCUAUGCUAACAUGAACACAUCUUUGCUGUCAGAAUGAUGGUAGGUGUGUUACAUUGGUUUGCCAUAGCUCACAACUGUUCAGCCCUCUCGGGUUUGCUCCUGCGCUCAAUGUUGGGAGUGGGUAUUGUUGGCAACUGGGGCAUGUGGCUACAGUCGCUCUGGCCUGUUCUCGAGUGAUGUGAAACUGGCGGACUAGGCCAGGUGCAUUUUGGUGGAAAAGCUGGUGGCUGAUUUUGGCCUGUUCAAAAAUGUGUGGGAGAGGAGCUACCUCUGCAGGCACAGCGAGAGCAUCUGCUCUCCUGUUGCCUUCAGCGAUGAACCCAGGCAAAUCGGUGUGUGACAUGCAUCACAUAAAAUGGUCGCUCUCUGUGGGAGACCAGCUUUACAAGUUUUGAGAGCAAUUUGAAAAAGUGCAAUGUUAGAUACUUCUUGCAGUAUUGCUUGAUCUGCCCUGGACACUACUCCUGCCAUAUAGGCAGAGUCUGUAACCAAACUGAAUAGUUCAGAGAACCUUUUGAAGGCUCUAACAACUGCAGCCAAUUCAGCAACCUGAGGUGAACCUUCUACCUCAGCAAUGUCUGUCUUCCACUGCUGAGUUUGAGGAUCUUUCCAAGUCACAACGGACUUGUGGGAUCUUCCUGAUGCAUCUCUAAAGAUGGUUAGAGCUUUUAAAGGUCUCCUGUUGCCCUGGUUUUUCUGAGAUUUUUUUAAAGCCUUCUACUUGCUUAUAAGAUGGAGUCAGUUCUUUAGUUACUGUACAAUAUUAACCGUCAGUUUUUCACUUUCUCACACUCUGGAACAUAAACAAUCUUUCUUGUUUUUGUUCACUGACCUUUGCUUACAUAUUUCCAGCCUGAAAACAAUGUUGGUUGACAGCUGGUCUGGCCAGUGGGGUGAAGGGGUAAUAACCCCAGAAGCCAAUCUGCUACCAGACCCACAAAAUUAUAAAAGGAAAAGAAAUAAACAGGCUGGCCCCUUUUUUUGGUGGGGAGCAGCUUUUCACUGAAGACCUCUGCCUCCGUGUUGUUGAUUUUGCGUUCCAGGCAACAGUCUUCUGCUUUGAACACUUUCUAAUUUUAGAGUAAAUUGAACUUCUUGUUCGAAAAUUUUGUGGGCAGGCCGAUGGAUAGAAAUUUGUCCUGAGUAGGAAUCCAGAGCAAACUGCAAGGCUGCAUUUUCUUGAAGCAAAUGUUCUAAUAUUGCCUUAGUAAUUUGGCCCGAUUUUAACCCGAUUGGAAUGUGAAUGCACUCAAAGUCACAUCCUGCCAGCUCCCUGAUCCGGGUCCUAGCUUUCUGGAUCAGUUCUGCUACCAGCUCUUGGGGCUUUGUCAUUCUCUUGGGCCUUUGGUGACUGAGGAAAACCCACUCUAUGAUCAAGAGAGGGUCCCUCUGGUCCUGGCCCUUUUUGGGUGUUUCUUUUCCUUUGGGUGUUUGUUUUUGCUCCCACUAGAAAAUGAUUCCAUGGAGGUGUGGUAACUUACCUGAGAUGAUAAAUUUGAAUGGCAGAUCAGGCCAACAUCGGUUGGCCUGUCUUGUGGACAUUGCUAUCUGAACCUUUUCUAGAGCUUUCUGUGCCUCUGGGGUAAUAACCCUGGGAGAACUCAGCUCCUCUCCCCCUUUCAAUAAAUCGAAAAGGGGGGCAAGGUCUUUGGUGGUCAGACCCAGCCAGGGCCUAACCCAGUUCAAGGACCCACACAACUGAUGGACAUCAGCAAGGGUCUUGAUCUUUGUUUUGAUCUCUAAUUUUUGAGGAACAAUGGUCCUCUUCCCAAUUUCCAAGCCCAAAUACUUCCAAGGUGGCAUCUUUUGAAUUUUCUGUUCCUGGAGCUCGAACCCUGCAACAAUCAAUGCAUUGAUCGUUAGGUCAAGUGUGUGGGUGAGUAGAUCAUCAGAGGGAGCACGUACAAGGAUAUCAUCUAUAUAAUGAUAGAUGAUGGCCUUUUGUGUGGCUGCACGCACCAGGAACAGCAAGGAAGAGACAUACCACUGGCAGAUGGAUGGUGUAAGAGUCAGUCCGAAGAUCCCUCAUCUGUCUCAUGACUGUCGAACAGAGGCUGAGACCCCAAGAACCCUAAACCACAACACAGGAGUUCUGGCCUGACUGAGGUGGGACCCAUGUUUCUCCCUGCAGGUGAAUUCACUGGACCAAGACAUCCCCUCAGAGACCCAUGUAGAAACAAUGGGACUGUCACAGUAUCUGGGCAAUGUUUGUGGAGCUGUGUUUGCUCUGGACUGACUCUGCUGACCCACCGAGUCCAGCCUGCCCUGCUCCUUCAUUGUGAGAGAAAAUCUGCAACACUCACGAGAUCUCCCUGCCUUCCUGGCCUGUUGCCUCUCGCCUUGAAAAAGGACUAUAAUAAACACCCCAAAAAAGAGCCUCUGAGAUCUCCGUGGUGGACAAGACAGAUCUAUUGGCAUGCCACAAGGACUGCAAAGGUGGUCUAUUGGCCUGGCAUCACAAGGACUCAUGUCUGCUGUCGGUAGCUAUAACCCCCUCUUUUAUUUUUUCUCUCUCUCUCUCUUUCUUUCUUUCUUUUUUCCUCUAUCCCAAAUUGUGGGUAUCAAUAAAAGAUACAUUGAUUUUACUUAAA